AAGGCGGAUAUCCACAAACCAAGACACACAUCACAAACACAGGGGCAGUGACGACAGAGAGAAAGGGAGACAGGGAAGCAAAGUGGAGCAUUGAGAAGCAGAGAGUGGGAGACAUUGAGCAGUGAAGAGGAUUCACUUUUGACUAAAUUAAAAACUUUUCUAUAAAGAGUCCUGGGGCAUUAGUUGAAAAGAAAGUCUGAUUUGACCUUAGAUCACGUCAUUAAGCUGACAUUUCUGGACAUCAUGGAUGGAGAAUCAUCCAGCCAGGAGACAUCUGGGUCUACAGAUACAACCAGCCAGACCGACACCAACAACAACAACAACCAGAUGGAUGACUAAAAACCACUUCUGGCUGCUUGUCCUGCAGAUGGAUGAGCCACAGCUGGAGGAGAGUAAAGACCCAGGGAGAGAGCCUCCAGCAGGGGAGACAGUGGAAGGUCAGGGGGUAAUGCAGGUGGGGGAGGAAGAAUCAGUACCAGAGCAGGGAGGAGAAGAGAAGGCCAGCGCUGUAGAGGCAGACAAUCCCCAGACUCCUUCAUUAAAGCAUGUCGAAGGGGAUGCUGAAGAAGCUGAGGACAAAGGCUCCACUGAUGCUGACGUUAAGGAUCCUGAAACAACAAGUGAAAAAAAAGAAGGGGAGAUAGAGAGGACGGAAGAUGACAAAAGUGAGGAAGUGAAAGAGGACAAAUGCGAGACAGACAGAGAUGGAGAAGAGAUGACAGACCAAACCAAGGAGAAAAAGAAGACAGAGCAAAAGGCUAAAGAAGCAAAGAAGGAUGUGAAAGAAAAAGCUGCAAAAGGGGCAGAGAAGAAAAAACAAGUUGAGGAAGUUGAUGUAGAAACAACAGACAAAGGAAAGAUGAAGGAGGUAGAAAAGCAAGGAAAGCCAAAAAGAAAAAGUGCUCCUCCCUCUUCUUCCAUAUCACGACCAAGACAGACCGCACGCUCAAUUAGAGCAGCCGCUAAAAACGACAUCAUUGCCAAAUUCCAGCAAGGUGCACCAGAGAACCCAACACCCCGCAACUUCAAAGUUCAGAGGUCAUCUUCAGGUGUGUCUACAGGAAAUACAAUCAAACAGAAGAUGCUUCAGUGGUGUCGCAGCAAGACUCGCAACUAUGAGGGUGUCAACAUAGAGAACUUCUCAUCCUCCUGGUGUGAUGGUAUGGCGUUCUGUGCUCUGAUCCAUCGAUACUUUCCUGAAGCUUUUGACUUCAGCACCCUGAAUCCAAAGCAGAGGGAGAAAAACUUCACACUUGCCUUUCAAACUGCAGAGUCCCUGGCCGACUGCUGCCCUCUGCUGGAAGUGGAGGACAUGAUGUUGAUGGGUAAACACCCGGACCCCAUGUGUGUUUUCACAUAUGUUCAGUCCCUCUGCCACAGCCUUUCCAAAAUAGAGAAAGAGAGGAAGGACAAAGAGGAAAAGGAAAAACAGGAGAAAGACAACAAGAAUGGCAAUGAGGGAGAGGAGAAGGAGUCGGGAGAGGUGUCACCAGAGAACGAAGAGUCUGCUGCUGAGAAUGGUACGAGCCAAGAGGAGAAACAGGAAGGAAAUACAGAUACAGAGGGUGCUCAGGAGGAAGAUAAAGCACCAAACAAAUGUGAGCUGGAUGAAGAUCGUGAAGUGGUAGUCAAAGGAGACUCCUAAAAAAUACUGACAGCAAACACAAAGACUGAAGAGACCAAAGGAUUGUUGACGGUUGCUUGACUUCAAUGAUUAUGUCUUAGUUUGAUGUUGGAUUAACUACUGGCACUGUGUUAAUAGAUGUAUGUUUGAAAGUGCACUAUAGUUAUGCUUUGUUUUUGUUCCACAUGUUUUGAGCACAUAAAGCAUAAAAUGUUCAGUUCCUCUAUUUGCUGUGUGUUUAUAGAUAUAUUUAUUAAAUUAUGGACUUGUGAAAAUGGAAA